UCCCACCCCUCUUCCAACCAUGGGCGGGGGUGGAACAAUGGGAGGAAAAGGAGGUGGAGGCAGGAAAAUGGCAGCGGCGGCCGCGGCGGUGGCAGGCGGUGGUGGCCGUUCGAGGCAGCGAUCUGCGUUCACAGCCUGGAACACGGCGUUGUUGCUGGCGGUGGCUCUUAGCCUGUUCCAGGUUUCAGCUGUGGAAGUAUACACACCAGCAGAACUUUCUGUGGAGAAUGGGACACAAACAAAGCUUCCAUGCAGCUUUUCAUCCUCAGAGGUGAUCAGCAGUGAUGCUUCUGUUACCUGGAGCUUUCAAGCAGAGGGUUCUACUAGUUCUGUGUCGUUCUUCUAUUAUGCCCGUGGGAAAUCAUAUCCUGGGAAGGAUACACAAUUUAAGGACAGAAGUAGCUGGGCUGGAGACCUUAACAAGAAAGAUGCAUCUAUCAAUAUAGCAAACAUGCAGUUCCGGGACAAUGGCACUUUCAUCUGUGAUGUCAAGAACCCGCCAGAUAUAGUUGUCACACCAGGAGCAAUCAAAGUCAGAGUUGUGGAGAAAGGUAACUUGCCUGUGUUUUCCAUUGAUCUUGUAGCAGGAGCAUCCAUUGGUGGAGUUCUGGGUUUAGUUUUGCUCAUCGUUCUUAUUGUGUGUGUUGUGUGCAGAAAGAAGAAUUCUAAAAAGCAUUACUCUGGCUGCAGUACCUCUGAGAGCUUGGUGUCUCCAGUUAAGCAGGCUCCACGGAAGUCCCCCUCCGACACAGAGGGUCUGGUAAACAGCGUGCCCAACCGAUUGCACCAGGGCCCAGUAAUUUAUGCACAGUUAGAUCACUCUGGAGGGCAUUACAGCGACAAGAUCAACAAGUCAGAGUCUGUGGUCUAUGCUGACAUUCGGAAGAACUGAGGAAAUCCCAACCAACCCAAAGCUAAACAAAAAUUCAAACUGGAAUCGCUUGAAGAAAAUUGACCCAGAGAACUCACAUGUGGCCUUUGAUGCCUAGGCUAGGACCAAUGCAUGUGCAUACAGAGAGAAAGAGAUUAUAUAUGUAUUGUGUGUAAAUAGUCUAUUUAAUCGUACAGAAAUGAGACCAAUGUUGCAUGUUGAAGUAUAAGAAUUCUGCUUAUAAAUUGCCAAUAUUUUUUUUGUAUCUAGGAUAAGAGGAAGAAAGCAAAUAUUCAUAUAACACCUUUAAGAAAUUUGUCUUAAUUGUUCUACGGAAAAACUGGAAAAUUCCUGGAUAUUUUAAUGGCUUUGAUACUUGUUUUUUUACAGGAUUUAUUUCUUUUGAUGAAAUGGACUUGAGGAGAACUGUUUCUGCAUCAUGAUUCCUUUUUCCUGAUCAGGUGCUUUCCACACUUUUUCUUACGUCACUCCCGAUGCCCAGUUACCUCUUUCCAUAGAGGAGAAAAACAGCCCACUCUUGGCUUUCGUUCCCAGCCUUAUCUAUUGACUGAAGGCAAAAUUCUGUCUUCAGGACAUUAACUAAUAUUAGUUUCUUUUCAGUGCAGUCCCCCAUAAACAAAAUAGUUUUUAGGCAUUUUCAGUCGGCAAUCUUUAUAAUAUAGCAUUAAGAAGUCCCUUUUAGUUUUAUUUCCUUCUGUAUUUAAAAAUAACUUUUAUGGGUCUAGUGAUUUUCCUGCAAUAAAGGUGACAUUAAUUAUUUUUUUAACAAGUUCACUGAUAACUACCCUGUUUUGUUCUAUUUCAGUGGUUCUCAACCUGGGGGCCGGGACCCCCAGGGGGGCCCGCGAAGUAAUCCAGAGGGGGCCGUGAACAGUAAAGAAAUGAAUUAUUUAUUAAUUUUUUAAAAAGUCUUCACUCCUUCUACACUGUCUGCUUUUCACUGCCGCUGCAGAUGACACCUCUCCCUUGCUCCAAACAAGAGGGGAGGCCUUUUGCUGAGGCGCCAGAGCAUCUUUCAGACGCACUAAGGGCAGGCAUCUGCCUAUAAAAUACAUGGCAGAUGCCAAAGGAGGCUGAGGGUGGAGCUACCAGGAGGAAGAGGGGAUUACUAUCCCUGAUUGCUGUCUCCUUGCACUGCCGCUACUGGCAACGCCCUUACUUAGAAUGAGAGGAGAGGGCUUUUUGUGAAGCAAAAAGAAGCCAGCCUGCAAAGAAAGGCUGGUUUCCCCCUUCCUUCCUGGCAGCCAGCCUGUCUCCCUGGGGGGAGGGGGUCACAAAAAAAAUUCAGCUUAUAAAGGGGGUCCCGUGCUCGUAAAGGUUGGGAACCACUGUUCUAUUUGAUCCUGGUAUAGCUUCCUGUAAAACUCUCACAUUGGUCUACUUUUAGUAAAUAAAACAAGGCUGAUAGAGAUGCAGCAGUUGCAAAAAGUAACAGAAGUUAGCUAUCUCUUAUUGUUUUGUCUAAUUCUAUUGCCAUGGAGAAAUGUGCUUCAUGGAAGCCAUGAAGUAUGAUGGAACAGGACAAUGGCAAACUUCCUGUUUCACUAAUUCUCAGAUCACAGAUAGAUUUACCUUCAUACAGGAAUGGCUGUGGAUUUUCUUUGCUAUUGGGUUAACACACAAAUGACACACAAACUCUGAAUCACCUGCUGUUCUCUCCCUCCAUCCUUGCCCCAAACUAAUGUUUCGGACGGGCUGUCUGCUUAUUUUCUUUUCCUUCCAAGGCCCUUGCAUGUUUAUCUGCUCAUACAAUUGCCCAGUGAUAUUUUUUUUAAGUAUAAAAAAAUGUGAAAGGUGGCCUUAUGAUCAUUCCCAAGGCUGGCCAGUCAGAACCCUGCAAAGCCAAAUGAAAUUGACUGAGUCAUUAUUAGUUUCAAAUCCUCUGUUUCCCCACCUCCAUCAACUGGUUUUGCAUGCAGCAUGUAAUUUAUUAGGGCUAGUAGGGAGGUAACAAAAGUCCAUUUGCACAAAUUCAUCAUCUUAGAAACUCCCCACAAACGUUAACAUUGCAGGAUACAGAAGUGCAAAUGAAUGAGAAAUUUGUGAAGAUUUGUCAUGGACAGUAAGGGACAAAAGUAAAUCAAAUGUGACAAUGCUAAUCUGAAUACAUCCACAUACUUUUUUUAGAAGGCUUAGUUUUAUGAUGCUGCUCUUUUAAUGCUCAUGGAGUGUUUCUGUGUUGAAAGAAGCCUGUUUAAUUCCUUUUGACAUUCUGUUCUUCAGUGGGAAAAACACAAAAAACUUCAGAUGCUUUUUAAAGUUUCUCCAGUACUGCUCUGGUGGGUUGCUGAGAUUUUUGCAAGGAACUUUGGACUAGUUGGAGUGUGGUCUGAUAUAGCACACCUUGUGCUCUUAAGCAAAAGGAUCACAUAAUACAGAUAAGUUAUGCCUUAACUGUUACGAGAUCCUGAAUAUGCAUUCUUGCUUUAUACAUGUAAACCACAUCAGUGGAUUGUAAGGAUUCUAGUAAAAACAAAUAUAGACUACACAGGGUAGAAGUUGGGCCACCCCUGCUUUGGAACUACCUCUUGUAAUGUAUGUUGUGCUGCAUGGAGGAAGCUUUGUUAUGUAUAUAGCUUAAUGGGAAGAGUGCAUAGAUUGUCAUUAGGAGGAGCAAUAAAAGCACAAGGGUGGAUUUCUUGCCUACUGCAGUACAAGUGUUUGCCAUGGCUCACAAUUGCUCUGUAACUAUUUUUCUGCGUGAUAUAUGCAAACUAGAGGAGUGUCAGAAAAUUAUUUAAUAGAAAGGCAUUCUUCAAAUUUUAAUGAGCAACUGUUCUCCAUACUAUGAUUUGAUGCUAAUCACAGCUACUUGUGAAUGCUUGUAGCUAAAUGAGCUAUGUAGGAGUCAGUUGCAGUCAUAGGGAAGCAAACAGUUUAUUAUUCAAGGCUUUGUAGAAUCUUCUAGAACUUGAGAGAAUCUUUUAAUUCCAGCACCUUAUAACUAGGAAAGCAAGUCAGUAUUUUUUCUUUGUUCCUUCAUCUUUACCUCAUAGUAAUUCUCUUGACACCUUGUGUAAUCAGCAACUGGUGCUGGUAGCCUGAUGACCCAUAGGGAUUGCUCUAUGUAAACUCAGAACUGAUCCUUUGUCUCCAGUUUCUCAACAUUUUAGAAGAGCUUGAAUAUGGUUUAGAAUGUAGGAGAGAAUUUUGGUUCAUUGUCCUCUCAUCCCCAUUAAUGUGCUGCUCCUUAUUACCAUAUUCAGAGUAGACUGCUUAGCAAACACAGGAACCAUAAAGGGGCUACAUUUUUCCCAGCAGAGGCUUUGUGACCUGGACACUGCUUGACCCUGCAAAACUGGAAUAAGUGUGACCAAGUAGCUGUUCAAGAUAAGACCUCAAUGCUGGGAGAAAUGGUGGCAUCCUGUGGAUUGGCAUCCCUUAACAUCUGUCUGAAGAAUAAUCCAUAUGCUAUAAUCUCAUUUGUAAAUAGUGUAUUUUCUAACUUAAAAGUGUGGUCUAACCCUAUUAAAAUCAGUUUGCCAUCAAUUUUAAUGGAAGUGGAUUGCCCCUUUUUUAGGGAAGGCAAGUAGAGGCUAUUGUUGCUACUAAGUUUUGACUUGAUAACAGGUGCAUCCUUCUCAUCUAAAUAGCUCUUGGAACAUUGCUUAUUAGAGGUUCUGCAUGGCAAAUAACCAUGUCUGAGUAAAUAGAAUGUUUUUAUUCAAUAGGGUUUGGGGAAGGAGUUCAAGAUCUUUCAGAUUAUAGCAGUUAUAUCUUAUUUGUUCAUGAAGCUUUGUCUCUUGCUAGAGUGCUUUGUGGGUCUGCAAUAUCAACAUUUCAUUGUGUGGAUAGAGAAACUAAAACUGUUUUGUCUUAAUUUUUUGAAGUAGUUGAGGUGACCAUCUGUCUUGUAACUUGCUCUGUAUUCAUAAAACUCCAAAGGCUUUCCAUUCUGUGUACAGUCAGUUGUUCUGGUGAAGUGAGCAGGUGUUCAAUCAUCAACAGAUGAGCCUUGAAGUCUGUUAAGUCUUGUUCAGAGUUUAGCAUUCUUGUAUCUGUCAAGCCUUUUAAAACCAUAUUUUUUCUAUUUGUGUAUGAUGGGUAGAAGUUGCAUUUGCCCCCCCCCCUUUAUUAAAACUGUUUCCUAGUUAAAAUCUAGGAGACACCUCAGCAUGUGAAAGGGCAGUUUUUCCUAUGGUGCUGAAUUUAGUUGCCCUUUUCUGUGAAAGGCAAUCAACAUCCAACAAAGGACUCCCACUUGUAAACCUUAAUUCCCCAACCCGUGAACCUCCUUCUCAAGACCUCCCUUUGGUUCUAUACAACUCCUCACAAUGCAGCUACUGAGCCGUUUUCUACUUUGUUUCUGCACUUUUUAAAAACUGGAAUUGCAUUUUGUAUUAAAUUGUACAGUCUCCUUUCCUCCCUUCCCUACUUUCUCAAAAGCAGCUGCUGCAUAGAGCAGAAAGGACUCGGUCAAUUGGCUACCUUCUGAAAAGCACCACUAUGAGGACACCAUGCUAUGAUGCUGCUAGAUUGGAGGGGAGGGGCGAACACGGCAAACACCUAUAAAAUAGGUGUAUAAUUUUGGGGAAGGGAUUAUAUUCUACAUGGUCUUUGUAAAGUUAAAGCAAGAACUAGUGGUAGUAUACAACUUGUUUUGACGUGCUUUUAAUUGACACACAUCACAUUGGAUAUUUACAUGUUUCUA